AAGUUGACUUGAAUGAAAGGAGUUAACUUGCUAACUACACCGCGAUUGUGAGUGUGGAGUCACUGUGUCAGCUGUAGACACAAAAAUUUCAAGGUCAAAAAUUUCUCCAUUAUACUUUUUUUUGUAUAUUACAAAUGGCAGAAAAAAGGCUCAAUAACGUAGAUAUCGUUAUCAUUGAUCGCAGCACGACAGUAAAAGAAGAUAUAAAAUUUCAAAAUAAUAAUAACAGGAACAGAGCAAUACGAGAGUGUCGCAAUAAAAAAAUUGAGGAUCAAGAAGAUUUGAAUACAGAUGAAGAAAGUGAAAAUCCACAAAGUGGUUACAUAACAUUAGACUAUAAGAAAAAAAUAGUUGCAUUAGCUGAUGGUCAUCCAAAUUGGAGUCUUGCAACACUGCAACGAAGGGGAGCGAAUCGUUUGAAAAGCCUCAAAAAACUUGCAUUAUGGAGAAAAGAGAUUGAAACUGGUGGCACAAGACUCGAUAAAUUACAAGCAAUCAGCAAAGAAACAUUCGAUAGAUUUCGAGAAGCGCGUCGAAAUGGUCAACCAGUUACAACGAAAAUACUGCAAAAAUGGGCAGUGGAAGCGGCGGCUCCAUUCUUAUCGGAAACAUUUAGAUUCCAAGCAAGUCCACGUUGGGCUGAUCAUUUUAAACAAAAGCACAAAAUACGACAAAGAAAGAUAACGAAUCAUGGCAAUAAUAGUGAUAUGCUUACUUUAGAAGAAAUUGAACAACCCGAGGAGACACAACCAAGAAAAUACGUUCCUUCUUUUGAUCCUUUUAAUUUGUUAUUCAUUCCAAAGAGUUAACGAUAAAAAAAAUAAUAUAUUUAUAUUUAGUCUUUAAUUUCUUUCUUUUUUAAAAUAUUAAUAGAAUAAUAUUAAUUACAUAAUUAAUAUAUAAUAAUAGAAUAAGAUUUGUAAAAAAAAUUUUGAUAUUUUAAUAAAUAAGAAUUAUUUAUGAAACAAU